UAUUAUGUUUCUAGUAUCAUACCCAUUGUGUCCCCAACUGUUCGAGUACCAUGAAGUCCCUUGGUAUUAUAAUAACUUCCGUUCUUGUGUCGUCAGUGGUAGCCGUGAUUCCAAUAGCCGAAAAGUCUAAGAAUUUUUGGCUCAACUCUGGAAGAGCAUCCAUAGAAGAAUCACUCAGAGUUCGCAACAUUGUUGAAAAAGCCAAAAAUGUGAUCAUAUUUAUUGGAGACGGUAUGAGCCUUCCGACGAUCACCGCUUCCAGAAUUCUGAAAGGACAGUCCGCGAAACAUCCUGGUGAAGAAACAAUUCUGAGUUGGGAGAAAUUUCCGUAUGCCGGUUUAGCUAAGACCUACAAUGUUGAUUCUCAAGUACCGGACUCGGCUGGAACUGCUACUGCUUUCUUAUCAGGAGUUAAAACCAGAAUGGGCAUGAUUAAUGUAGACGCCUCUGUGAACAGGGGUGACUGUGCAGCUUCACAAGGUCAUGAACUCGAUACUAUUCUCCGGUGGUCUCUAGACACAGGAAAGUCAGCAGGCGUUGUUACCACUACCCGAAUAACUCAUGCUACUCCAGCAGGAGCCUAUGCUAGUGUUGCUAAUAGAAAUUGGGAAGGAGAUAAUGAAAUGACCGAUGUUCACGGAGGAUGCAAGGAUAUAGCAAAACAGUUGGUCGAAGAUAACAAAGAUAUACAGGUUAUUAUGGGAGGCGGAAGACAUUAUUUCUACCCAAAUGGUCACAAGGAUCCAGAAAAUGGUCACAACGGUCAAAGACAAGACGGUCGAAAUCUUAUUGAGGAAUGGCAAAAAGAGAAAGCUACACGGGGUGUUAAAGCCAAGUUUGUAUGGAACGCAACUGAUUUAUCUCAUGUUGAUCCGGCAAGUACUGAUUAUCUUUUAGGUUUAUUUGAUAGUUCCCACAUGUCUUACAGUUACGAACAAGAGACGCAGGAUACCAAGGACCCAACAUUAGCUGAAAUGACCGAGAAAGCCAUACAAAUCUUACAAAAAAACAACAAUGGCUUCUUCUUAUUAGUGGAGGGGGGUAACAUCGAUCAUUCUCAUCAUUCGGGUCGGGCCUUUGAUGCUCUUCACGAUACACUUGCUUUAGAACAAGCCGUAGCAAAAUCAGCCAGCAUUACGAAUGAGAAGGACACUUUGAUUUUGGUCACUGCGGAUCAUUCACAUACGAUGACUAUGGCAGGUUAUCCGGCCAGAGGAAACCCAAUCUUAGGUGUAGCUGGAAAGGCCAGUGAUAAUAAAUAUUAUACAACUUUAAUUUAUGGUACUGGACCAGGUCAUGCAUCGCCCAGACACGACGCUUCUCAUCAUCACACACUGGUAGAAAGCUACAACCAAGAUGCUGCGGUUCCCACUCAUUCAGAAACUCACGGCGGUGAAGAUGUGGCUAUCUACGCUCGAGGACCAUACGCCCAUCUUUUAACUGGUGUUCACGAGCAAAAUUACCUUGCUCACGUCAUGGCUUUCGCCUCUUGUGUGGGUCCAUACAAACAGUCUGGUGCGUGCAGUCAUAGCGGUGGCAUAAUCGGUUAAUGAGUUAUAAUCUUAUGUUGAUUGGUUUUUUUUAAUUACGUGGGUUAUGUUUUGUUAGCCAAUAAAUUAUAUUUAAAUUAA